CUUGCGCUUCACUCUGAUUCAUCUCUGUGGUAGGCAGCGGGCGAACAAGCGAGAGAGGGGGAGAGAGAAACAGAAGAGCGAGUGUCUCGGUUUCUUGUACAGUACACACAACUCGCUACUAACAGGAAGCUGUCCAUCAGCCAAACCUGCUGAAAAUGAUUCUCACCCUGAUCAGUUUCCUCGGAUUGCUCGUCUCCGGCAGUCAAGCUGUUCUUCAAGCCACAAUUUCACUGAGCAAAGUGGAGCUGAGUGUGGGGGAGUCCAAGUUCUUCACCUGCACUGCCAUUGGAGAGCCUGUCAGUAUUGAGUGGUUCAACCCCCAAGGGGAGCGAAUCAUGUCCUCACAACGCGUGGUGCUGCACACAGAGAGGGUUCGUUCACGACUCACCAUCUACAAUGCCAACAUUGAGGAUGCAGGCAUAUACAGGUGCCAAGUUUCUGAUGCCAGGGGCCAGACACAGGAAGCCACUGUGGUCUUGGAAAUCUACCAGAAGCUGACAUUCCAAGAAAUGAAGUCUCCGCAGGAAUUCCGGCAGGGUGAGGUGGCAGAGGUAGCAUGUAAUGUCACCAGUUCCCCUGUGCCCAUUGUCACCUGGCUCUACAAUAACAUGGAGAUCACUGCAGACAGCUUCAAGCGCUUCCAGAUUCUUCCCAACAACAACCUGCAGAUUCAGAAAGUAGCAAAGGCUGAUGAGGGAGUGUACCGCUGUGAGGCCAGAGUGGAGGCCAGGGGAGAGAUCGACUUCAGAGAUAUCUCUGUCAUUGUCAAUGUCCCUCCAGUUCUCUCCGUGCCACAGCAGUCUUUCAAUGCCACGGCAGAUUACCAAGAGUCUGUGACAUUGACCUGCAGGGCCUAUGGCUCUCCUGAACCAGAGGUCACCUGGCACAGGAGGGGUAAACAGAUUGAAGAAUCUGACCAAUAUGUUCUGAAGGGAAGAGGUACCAUGCUGACUAUCUGUAGCAUCAAGCAAGACGAUGGAGGAUCCUAUUUCUGCAAGGCAACAAACAAAGCUGGGGUGGUAGAGGAAGAGCUUGUUCUCAAAGUGUUUGUACAGCCACACAUCACUCAGCUGAACAACAUCACAGCAGUAGAGGGCAGUGCCACCAUGAUCUCCUGCACAGCAGAAGGCGAGCCAGUUCCUGAGGUGUCCUGGAGAAGGGCCAGUGAUGGCUACAGCUUUACAGAUGGAGACAAGAGCCCGGAUGGACGGAUUGAGGCACAUGGGCGCAAGGGCAAGUCCACUCUGACUAUUUCUGUAGUGAAGCUGUCAGACUGGGGGCGCUUUGACUGUGAGGCACUGAGUAGGAUUGGAGGACACCAGAAGAGCAUGUACCUGGACAUUGAGUAUGCUCCCACGUUUCUAUCUAAUUACACCAUCUACUUCUCUUGGGAAGGAAACCCCAUCAAUAUCAGUUGUGAUGUCAUAGCAAAUCCUCUGGCCUCCAUACUUUGGAAGAGGAACAAGAUGACAAUAUCAGGGGAGGGCACAGGCCACACCAGAGUAUACAAUACUGAUGGGAGAUCUCUGCUAGAGGUAACUCCAAUGUCUGAACGAGAUUUUGGUCGAUAUAACUGCACAGCCAGCAAUAAGAUAGGAAUGAGAUUCCAGGAGUUCAUCCUGGCACAGGCUGAUGUUCCAUCAAAUCCCUAUGCAGUGCGGCUGAGCUCAGUAUCUCAGAGAUGGGCCACCGUGUCCUUCAUGAAACCAGACUCUCAUGGAGGAGUACCUAUUGGACACUAUCUGGUCAAAUACAGGGAUAUCGGGUUGCAGGACUGGAGAGAUGUCAAGUCAAAUGGUGUUCAGACGAUGGUCCUGCUGACCAAUUUAGAGCCUAACACAACAUAUGAGGUCCGUGUGGCAGCUGUCAAUGGAAAAGGCCAAGGAGAGUUCAGCCGCACUGAGAGUUUUCAGACCCUGGCCAUCCGAGAACCUAGCCCCCCUUCAGUUCAUGGGCAGAGAGGAGGAGGGAAGUCCUACAGGCUCAGCCUUAUCAAGCAGGACGAUGGAGGGACGCCCAUCGUGGAGUAUAUUAUCAAGUACAGGACUAGAGAUCGAGAGGACUCAUGGAUGUUUAAGACAGUUCCCGGUGUCAGUGACCAAGUCCUUCUUCAGCAUCUGCAGUGGAACACAGAAUAUGAGGUGGAGAUCACAGCCAGGAACAUGCAGGGCCUGUCAGAGCCCACAUUUUAUGAGUUCAAAAUGCCCCAGAAGCAAGAUAUCACAGCAGACUCCCUGUUCAGUAGCCUGGGCCUGGGAGCGGUGGUGGGACUGGGCGUGGCGGCCCUGGUUCUCAUUCUGGUGGCUGUGGAUGUUAGCUGUUUCUUUCUGAAGCAGUGUGGCCUGCUCAUGUGCAUCACCAGAAAGGGCUGUGGGAAAAAGACAGCCACCAGUGGCAAAAGCAAAGACUUGGAGGAAGGGAAGGCCGCUUACCUGAAGGAUGGGUCAAAGGAGCCCAUUGUUGAGAUGAGAACAGAAGAGGAGAGAAUAACUAACCCUGAUGAUGGGAGCCAUAUUAACGAGCCCAAUGAGACCACACCACUCACAGAGCCUGAGAAGUUACCAUUAAAAGAAGAAAAUGGGAAAGAAACUCUCAAGCCAGAUGCAAUCGAGGUCAAAGUUCACAGUGACAACAGCAUCCAAACAAAGGAAGAGGACAGCAAAGCAUAAUGGGAAGUUCAUCGUCAUUUGAGAACACUAAUAGUAAGCUACCCUGUGACCAAAACCAAGAUAAAAAACAGGAUUCUCCCCCCAAAAAGGGAAAUUAUAAAUCUAAAAGAGAUGAGAACUGUCAGGGCAAUUAAGCCAUUAUGUAAAUAUGGAUGGAGAAAGACCCAACAAAUAGUUAAAUCAAUAAUAAUCUUUGGGGGAUGCCACUGGUCCAUAUUGACCACUAUUCAGUAACGUUAUUUUAAGUCCUGCUUGUUGCUUAUGUGUUUUUUUUCUUUGUCCUCUGAAAACAGUGUCUUCAAGUAAAAAAUGAGCAAGUCAGUGGAGUGCCAACACAGUUUUUUUCCCAUCAACCAGGAGCUCUCUGAGAGGGAUUUGACAUAAAGGGAGAACAAAGUCUAUGUUCAAAUAGUCGCUUUCUGUUGGGUCUUUUCAAAGACAGCUAACUAGAAAUGGUGGGAGGUAAAUGUUUGUGAGAUUUUGUUGCCUUACCUAAUAUAUGUAUAAUUUGAUUUUAAUUUCUUCUCAUCCUCAAAGCUUGCUUGAAGAAAUUUUGUCUUAAAUAAUGUUUCAUAUUUUUCCCCAUAUAUAUUUUAUGAGUCAGGGCUGUGCAACUGAAAUAUACAGUAUAGUUCUGAGUUAAUAACUUCUGUGCUUGACUAAAAGCAAGGACCUUUCUUUCAAUAUGUAAAUUCAAUCAUUUAUAUAGAAAGAGUCAAACAGAUGCAUCUGUUGUGUCCAGGGUGGAGUGCCUUUUGGGCAGUGAAUCAGAUUUUCUGAUUAAAUCAGUACAAGAUUUUGAAUUCUGUAACAUUUUUGGAAAAUCAGUGCUGCUCUCAAAGCAUAUUAGCAGUUGUCAGAUUAGUUUUAUUAGUGAAAUUAAUUUCAUAGAGCACUUAGAAAUGCAUUUUCAUAGAUGUAAAAAAUGUAUUAUAAUUAUGCAGUGUUGGUUUACUGUGAUCAAUAACUUGUUGCUUACAGUAUCUAUACCAUUAUCUCCUAUUUUUAUUAGAAGUGUUCAGUACAGUAUAUUGGACCUCUAUAAAUUUAAAACAGUAUUUUAAAAAUGUUCAUACAAGCCAGAGGAGUCAAUGUCAAAAAUUCACUUCUGAGAAACUGAAUUAUCUGAGGUGUAGGUUGUUGACAGAAUUAUGUUCUCAAUUGUAUUCUGAGGUUUUUUGUUUUAUUGACUUGUGAAUUACAUGUUUACGGAUGGGAUUUCUUAUGAUUAUUUUAUGCAUAUCUUUCUGACUUUAUUAUUUAAUCUGUUUUGUUUUUGAAAAACUUUAGAGAGGUAAUUAAUUUGGGGUGAUUUUUUCACUGAAUUUGAAAAUAACCCAGUAAAUACAAAGUAUUGCAUUGACACAAUACCUUGGCUGUAGUAUUUUAGUAUGCCUAUCACAGCUUGUGCUUUUAAUGAGUGAUAUAAGACAUGUGAGUGUCAUGUUUUCAUAUGAUUGGGGAGCUUUUGCUGAUUGUGUAAUUGCAAAAAAUUACUAACUCAUUAGGAAAGUGUAUUUAUUACAGCAUUCUCUGUCUCACUCCCUCCCUAUACAUUUAAAUGUUGUAUCCCACUUAAACAAAUAACUUAUAUUACAUUGCUUUUUAAACUCUUCAAAAGGUCAGUGGGUCUACAAAGAUUUAUGACUUGUGAUGCCUGCUCUAAUGUGAUGGUGUGCACUUGCUUAAAUAAAUCUCAGUAUUAUGUUUACUUAUCACGUUCAAAUAAGUCAAUUUAAUUUCAGUUCAGUUUCAUUUAUAUAUGUAACUUAUAAGGUGAAGAAAUUAAAGUUUCUGAUAUGGUGACUGAUUAAGAAUCUCUAGUAGGAAUGGCACCUAUGCAUAAUUUUAAUGCAGGAAAGCCAAACAGGCAAACAAAUGUAGAGACUAUGAGUUUUGACCAGUUUAGUAUAUUAACUGAGAGAUACUGUACAAGUGAGUCAUUGACAGCUACAGACUGUGAUAAAUUUUAACAGGUUAUCUGCUUGACUGGUCUAAAUUUUAAAAUUUGGAAAUUAAUUUAAAACCCAACAGUCACAUGUAAAACCUAUCUAAUUGUGGUUCUACAGGAUCCAUGCUGGCCACCCCUUGUAUAGAGACUAUACACAGUACCGUAUAUAAAUGAAAGAAUGAGCAAAAUUAAGAGUGCAAUUCCUAUGUAUUUUUGAAAGUACUAAUAAUAAUAGGCAGCAAUACUGUGGUGCUUCACAAAUAUUUACUCAUCUUAUGCACAUUAAUUCCGUGUGGUUGUAUUCUGAAUGUAAUUGAGCAGUAUGUAGCAUUUCCUGUCAUGACAUCACUCACAGAAACCGUUGAUCUUUAAUAAAGUUUAAACGUUGUGUCCAAAAUUACCAUUAUUAAGCUUUUAGUGUUCUUUCCACAUAUCUGUUAAUAACAUGGUCAUUUCUAAGACAUUCAUAGGACUCUAAACGUACAAAGUGAUCUCAUUAUUGAAAAUGAAAAUGGAAAGUGACAUAAAAAACAUAGUAAUAUAUCUGUCAUUGAUCAAUACCACGUUACUAUCCUUUAUUGAUAAAUCUAUAAGUAAAAGGGAGCUCACUACAGAUGUUUUAGUCCUUAGACCAUGCCUUAUGCUAACAAAACAAGAAUGCCUCAUUAAUUAAACUGCACAUACAGAUGCAGCCAUUUAAAAUGCGUGGGGUACUUCACGGUACAACGCAGUGGGCGUGUCGCAUCAAAAAUCAGUAUCACGCAGUAU